AGUGUGAAGUUCCUACUCGCAACCGUUGCAAGCGCCAAGCGGCACACAGUAGAGGGCGAAGCGAGAGGACAACAAAAACAAUGGCGUACAUUAGCAUGGGCGAAGCGCACCGAAGAAUUACAGAUUACCUGAACCACUUCUCCGACGCCAUUGCUACGCAAGAUGGAGCUUCACUUCGUCGUCUACUUUCUCUCUCCUCCAACAAUCCCAAACUCCUCUCUGUUGCCGACGCUCUCAACGUUUUCCAGGAUGUUAGUAGGUUGAUCAGACAAUCACAUGAAACUGUGGCUCCCUUGCUUCGAUCUUUGCAAUGCUACAAGCUAGGGCAAUUGGUUGAUGCAUAUAAUUCUUAUGAGAAAUUUGCCAAUGCAUUUAUACAGGAAUUUCGGAAUUGGGAAUCGGCUUGGGCGUUGGAGGCACUAUAUGUUGUUGCUUAUGAGAUUAGGAUUAUCGCCGAGAGGGCUGAUCAAGAGUUGGCAUCAAACGGGAAAACCCCUGACAAAUUGAAGGCCGCUGGUUCAUUUCUCAUGAAAGUUUUCGGUGUUUUAGCUGGAAAAGGGCCAAAGCGUGUUGGAGCCUUACAUGUGACUUGUCAGUUGUUCAAAAUCUAUUUUAAGCUUGGUACUGUUCAUCUCUGUCGAAGUGUAAUAAGAAGCAUUGAGACUGCUCGUAUAUUUGAUUUUGAGGAGUUUCCACCCAGAGAUAAGGUGACUUACAUGUAUUAUACGGGCCGCCUUGAAGUUUUUAAUGAAAAUUUCCCAGCUGCUGAUCAGAAAUUAUCUUAUGCUCUGGCUCAUUGCCAUCCUGACCAUGCACCCAAUAUAAGGAUGAUCUUGAAAUAUCUGAUACCUGUAAAGCUUUCAAUAGGCAUCUUGCCUGGAGAUUUGCUGUUAGAGAAGUACAAUCUUCUUGAGUACAGGGAUGUUGUCCUAGCUCUUACAAGAGGUGAUCUCCGACUAUUAAGGUGUGCUCUCCAAGAGCAUGAAGAUAGGUUCUUGAAAUCAGGUGUUUACCUUGUAUUAGAAAAACUUGAGCUACAAGUUUACAGAAGAUUAUUGAAAAAGAUCUAUACCAUUCAAAAACACAAAGAUCCAAGCAAAGCACAUCAGGUGAAAUUGGACACUAUAGUCAAAGCACUGAAAUGGCUUCAGAUAGACAUGGAUGUUGACGAGGUGGAAUGUAUAGUAGCAAUUCUAAUAUACAAAAACCUUAUUAAAGGAUACUUUGCACACAAGAGUAAAGUGGUAGUUCUGAGCAAGCAAGACCCUUUCCCCAAACUAAUGGGCAAGCCGGUGGGUGUGUGAUAGACCUGAUCAAAUUGCGGGCCGGGCCACUACUUAAACAUUCUGCCCACUAGGUUGGGCUGGGCCAGGCCAAACUUCCGGAUAACGGUCUCUUCAAUGAUCAAGGCCUCCGAACUAAAUGAUGCAAAACAGGUUGAUAUCUGCACAUUACCACUGCUAAAUGAACGAUUGAUGUAUAAUGCAACGCGUAUGUGCAGGCUGCUCACUCUGAAAUAGCUUCGGCGUCGUAUACAUCAUGCUUUCUUUUUCUUUUUUUCUUUUUUUUUUGAGAAGGAAAAGUACACAAAGUUAGGAUGGAUAGUAUUCUCUCAAGACCGACAACAUUUUGACCUAGCUUUGUUUGUAGUUUAUUGGUUUUUGUGUUGAUCAAUAUCUCCCAUGAUGUAAUAUUUAUUUGUAUUCCUUAUUUGUACGGAGUAUUGAUAUUGUAUAAUACACUGUUAAUCCUACUCCUUCCCCUUA